AAGAAAUUAUAAAACAUGACUAUUUUAUCGACCAUCCCUCAUUCAUGAUCAUCUAUCUGCAUUGAUUUCAAGACGAGAUUUUUCAUUUUCAUAUAUCCUAGAAUAUAAAACACAAUGAAGGCGUCAGAGCGAGCAAUAUGCAAAAUUCGAUUACCAGUUUAUGAAAAGAAUUGCGAAGAGGUCGAUCCCAGCCCCCAAUCCAACUUGAAGUUAAAAUGGGCACAUUCGAUACAUGAGCUAUUCUUCACGGAUAAGCAGACCAGCGGUCGUAAAAAUGUCCGCAAUUUUGAUUUCGUACUAAAUGACGACGGGUCUGUGGAGAAUCAUUUUCAGGACCAACCAGCAUCAUUGAUGACAGCGACGCAGUAUCCAACACGCUACCAGCUUCCGGAAGUCAUUUCAGACAGACUUAACACCAGCGAAGAAAAAGUCGCUCGUGCAGAACUCUUCGCAUUAGGCAGUAUUUUAUACGAAGUUACCUUGGGUCACCAGCUGUUCCAUGAAAUAGAUGAAAGCAUGGAUGAUGGGGGGGAAAUUCAGAGGCUCAUUGCUAUAGGGAGCUUUCCGGAAGAUCUUUGGGAUUUACCAAUCACUCCAAAGAUUCUGGGAUGCUUGUGUCCAGGGUUUAUAGAAGAAAUGUUAAGUCUUCGCAAGAAAGGAAUCGGAAGCUAUAUUAAAAAUCACCCUUACCGAUUUGGGUUCCAAGUUCUAGGUGGGGCUGUUACCAUUGCCUCCGUCGCCGCAGUACCUGUCCUUGGAGCAGUUGGAUUUUCAGCUGCAGGCCCCAUUGCUGGUUCCGCAGCAGCAGCUUGGCAAUCUAGUAUAGGCCUUAUCGAAGCGGGUAGUAUCUUUGCGUGGUGUCAAGGUGUCGCCAUGGGAGGUGCUGCUGUAGGUGGAAUCAUUGGUGCCGGUGUAGGUGGAGCAGGAAUUUUGGCUGGCGCUUCUAGCCUGGGUGCACUAGAUGGAGCAGAUUUCGAGAAUCCUGAACUAAAAAAGCGGUUCCUGGCAGCUUGGAAUCGUGAAAUGAGAGCAGAGCAGAAGAAGAUCCAUGUAGGAUCACUCUAGCGUGAAACAAACGAGAGUGAUGGGUGUCAAAGUUAACUUGAAUUGAGGAUAAAGACGUUCUUGGUGAGACUAUAUGAAGAGAAUAGUUAGGUCUUCCAGAUUUAUAUAUCUUGUAUCUCCAACAAUACAACCUGCUGAAUUGUUUUAUUUCAAAUCGUUCAGUUUACCAUGACGUUUGAUGAUCGAAUUUAUGUAGUGCGGAGGUUCAUCUUCUUUCUCAACUGAAAUCCAUUCCAUAAAAAUUGGAUGAGCU